AUUAUACCUUAACAUAUUAUUAGAUGAUUUAUCUUGUAAAUGAGAUUGAUGAGACCUAAUCCUGGGUAUAAAAAUAUCUCUUUAGAAGAUUAUUUGACAUUUUAUUUAAUUAGAGAUUGUUUCUUGUGAGUGUUUGUUUACAUUUACAUUACAUUUAGUCCUUAAGCAGACGCUUUUGUUAAAAGUGUCACACAAAAUGAGGAAGAAUGAAAGCAAUCAUGACAGCAACAGAACAAAAUGUACAAGUGCAUUUAAAAACAUGACAAAAUUUGCUAAAACACAGUAUAUUAUUUUCUUACAUUUUAAAGAAUGGACAGAGCAGAAAGUAAGUGCUCAUGUUACUGAGUCAGUUGUUGAUGAAACAGGAAAGUCUUCAGAUAUUUCUUGAAAACGGUGGAUCUGGAUUCAGCUGCUCUUGUAGGGGUGGGCAGGUCGUUCCACCAGCGGGGAAGAGUCCAGAGAAAUGAGCAUGAGAGGCACCACUAGCUGUUGUUUAUUAGCAGAAUGUAAACAUCUGGAUGGCACGUAUGUUAAGGUAAACUGGGGCUGUGACUGUAGUUGUUCUGUAGACGAGAGGAAGUUGAGUUUUGAAUUGGAUGCAGGCUGCGACUGGAAAAAGUGCAGAUGGAUGAAGAGGGGUUUAUGUGUUUCUUCUUCAGUUUGUCUCCAGAAAAUGUGGAUGUCUGAUCACCUUAGUGUAAAUGAAAAUAUCAUGAUUAAGCCUUAGGUGUAUUUUACUUUCACAGCAGUGUAAAAACUGAAGUCAACGAAGUAAACAAAUAUUUCAUUCAUUUUCAAGUUUCUGAUUCUUGCUUUUCAAUUGUGUCAUUAAGACGAGUCAUAACAGAACCCGUCUGUAAGAGUGGGAAGAUUGAUCAGUCGAAGAAUCAACCACAAAACUUCAAUGAAAACAUGGAUUCUGGUUUCAGAGACAAAAGAACUUGAAAUCUCCAGCGGUGAAUAUAAAGUGUUGUUCAUCUUUGAUGGUUUGGAUGAGUGUCGUGUGUCUCUGGAUUUUCACAGCAGUGUGAGGUUGUGUGAUGUCAGUGAAUCAGCCUCAGUGGACGUGAUGCUGACAAACCUCAUGAAGGGGAAUCUGCUUCCCUCUGCUCUCAUCUGGAUCACCUCCAGACCAGCAGCAGCUGAUCUCAUCCCCUCUGAGUGUGUUGAUCGAGUCACAGAGGUACGAGGCUUCACUGACAAACAGAAGGAGGAAUACUUCAGCAAGAGAAUCAGUGAUGAGAGUCUGAACAACAGAAUCAUUUCACACCUGAAGUCUUCCAGGAGCCUCUACAUCAUGUGUCACAUCCCAGUGUUCUGCUGGAUUUCAGCCACUGUUCUAGAGAGAAUGUUGAGUGAAGCAGAGCGUGAAGGAGAGAUCCCCAAGACUCUCACUCAAAUGUACACACACUUCCUGAUCAUUCAGACAAACAUCAAACAUCAGAAGGACUAUGAGAAGAAAGUGAAGAAUGAUGAAGACAUGAUCUUCAAACUGGCCAAACUGUCUUUUGAGCAGCUUGUGAAAGGGAACCUGAUCUUCUAUGAUGAGGACCUGAGAGAGUGUGGCAUUGAUGUAGCAGAAGCAUCAGUGUACUCAGGAUUGUGCACUCAGAUCUUCAGAGAGGAGUUUGGCUUGUAUCAGGGGAAAGUUUACUGCUUCGUUCAUCUGAGCAUUCAGGAACAUCUCGCAGCUCUUUAUGCUCACAUCUCCAUCACAAACAACAAGAGAAAUGUGUUUAAUAAAGCUAGAAAAUCACGUCAAGUAGAGACGUCAAUAUUUGAGCUGCAUCAGAGAGCCGUAGACGAGUCUCUAUGGAGUAAAAAUGGACAUCUGGAUCUUUUUCUUCGUUUUCUUCUGGGUUUGUCUCAGGAGUCUAAUCAGAAUCUUCUAGGAGGUUUGAUGACACAGACAGUAAGAAGCUCUCACAGCAAUGAGAAAACAGUCGAGUAUAUCAAAGAGAAGAUCAGCAGCACUCGCUCUCCAGAGAAAUACAUCAAUCUGUUUCACUGUCUGAAUGAACUGGGUGAUGGUUCACUAGUGGAGGAAAUCCAACAUCAUCUGAAAUCUGGAACAUUAAGUCAAACCAAACUGUCUACAUCUCAGUGGUCAGCUGUAGCUUUUGUGUUGUUGACAUCAGAACACGAGCUGAAGGAGUUUAAACUGAGUGAUUUUGUUAGAGGGGAAAACAAAGCUGAACAACUGAAAGUUCUUAGAAAUCUGCUGCCUGUGAUUCGUGAAUCCAGAUCGAUUCAAGACCUGGUGGGUGAAUCACAUGAAACACAAGAAGACAAAUGAUACCAGGUGUCGCCUUUUCCUUCUAGGCGGACACAGUGAGAUGUUCGUGAGAUGACACGCAGUGGUUUGGACCACCUGGGCUCGUGCCACUUUGUGCGAAAGGUCUUCAGGCGCACCCACUCAGUUGGUGAUGGGAUAGGUUUUGGGGGUUUUUUUCGGUGUGACCUGCUGGGAAAAGUGUUGGAUAAGACCAGUUAAUUUGUCAAAAUAGGUACAAUGUGACAGGGGUUUAAUGGUGUCCGUCUGCAGAGGUGUUGUUGGUCCAGGAAAUGAUCGACCUGUAAGCAAUUCAAAUGGUGUAAAGCCAGAAAUCCUGUUAACAGAGGAACGUACAGACAUUAAUGCAAGAGGCAAUAUAGAUAACCAGGUCAAAUUUGUCUGUGCACAGAAUAUAGCUAAUUUCAAAAUAAGGGUCAGGGUUAUGGUCUCUAGCUUUUAGAGAUCAUAUAAUUAUUAUUGUUGAAUAGCCUUGGCCGUUGAUAGAUGACACUUCCACGGGUAUCAACAGAGCCUCUAAACGGUCUCUGCAGCACAUGCAUGUGUAAUAGGUAGACCCGACUCGAUAAGGAAAUCACACGGCCUGUUUGAUGGGGUGGCGCACCAGUUACAUAUGAGACUACCUAUUGAAAAUCAGAAAAGAUGUUAACUUUGUUUUCCAUAAACAUUUUAGAGAUUCUGUGAAAAGUGCCAUGUCUGCUCGCUGAGCUGAUUGUCCUUCUACCAAUGGACUUACUUUUCACGUGCUGAAAUCCCUCUCUUUGUCCAAACCACCCUCUGAUCGGAAG